AUAGUAUUUUCCUUCUAUAACCCCAAUGCAUGGUUUGGUUUACUUGUGACAGAAGGUAUGUUGCACUACUCGUCUUAUACGCGCAGAUUUUUGUUAUCUGGUGCUCUGGCACUACGUAUAAAAAUACACCAUAAACUCCUUGUUUUUCAUCUUUCUAGCCCUCGUCUUUAACAAACCCUAUAAAAAUCUCAGAAUCCCCUUCACUUGUAUUUAUGCUCUCAAUCUAAUUAAGAAAAUCUUUUAGGGACUGCAUCGUUUAGAUCUGUCCCCGUCUGUAAUAACAUUUAAAUAUUUUGUGUAAUUUUAAUGCAUUUUUGUUUCUGAGAAAAAAGAAAUUCCCUCUCUCCCACCCGUAACCUCAUAAUUACCGCUCUCUCUCCCCUUUGAAGAGAUUAUUACAUUAUAAGAAAAUCUUUUAGGGACUGCAUCGUUUAGAUCUGUCCCCGUCUGUAAUAACAUUUAAAUAUUUUGUGUAAUUUUAAUGCAUUUUUGUUUCCGAGAAAAAAGAAAUCCCCUCUCUCCCACCCGUAACCUCAUUAUUACCGCUCUCUCUCCCCUUUGAAGAGAUUAUUACAUUAUACGUAAAAUAAAACAUCUAUCAUUCAGAAAUCUCCGACACCAACACAAGUUUCAAUAGAAAUAUUAGGUCAUGAGUAAUAACAUUGAACAACAUCCGGUUAGUCUCCCUCCUCCCCAAGGUUAUCCUCCGCAAGGUUACCCAAAUGGGAUAUAUCCUCCUGCGCCAGUAUAUCCUCCCCAGCCCCAGGGACAGGGGCAGGGAUACGCACAAGGUUAUCCUACACAAGGAGUAGGAUAUUACCCUCCCCAUCCCCAACCCCAUGGUUACCCUUCGCAACUUGGACCCCACAGUUAUCCUCCUCCAAUGGGAAUGGGAUCUCCACCACAAGGUUACCCUCCUCAGAGCUGCCAUCCACCUCAGUACGGUGCACCCCCGCAUGGACAAGGGUAUCCUCAUCAAAAACAAAAACAAAACCAAGCUGCUACCGGCAUCAUGGGAGGAUGGUUCACAGAUAAUCCAAGAAUGGAGGGAGUUCUUGAGGGUUGGUGCCGCGAGUUUAAUGGUUCCGUCGUUGAUUACUUCACUGUGCAGGAGGGCCAAAGUUCUGGAGGAGGAUAG